UCUCAAGGUCUUUGUCACAAGAAAAUUGUAGUACAAAACUUCUUCCCAAAAAUUCGUAUUUCGUCUUCUUCGUACUACUCUCUGUUUCUCUUCUGCCCAAGCUCUGUACUACACCAACAACCAAACCCCACCCUCCCAAUUUAUAACCACACUCACAAACAAACCCAUUAAACCCAACGCCUCUCUCUCCCUUCCUCUCAAACCCACAACAUAAACAACAAUAAUGGCUCCUCCUCGUCUGCCUCGCCCACUUCUCCUCUGUUUUCUCAUCCUCCUCUGCCUAACCAUCCCCGCCUUAGCCCACAGCGGCCACGACGACGACGAAAACGACAACGAACCCUCCACAGACCUUCGUUCAAAGCCUCUGAUACUGGCCAAGAUUUGGUGCCUGAUUAUAAUCUUUUUUGCGACCUUCAUACCUGGAGUUUCGCCUUACUUUUUCAAGUGGUCUGAAUGGUUCUUGGUUUUGGGUACGCAGUUUGCUGGGGGUGUGUUUCUGGGUACGGCUCUGAUGCACUUUCUGAGUGAUGCCGAUGAGACUUUCAAGCACUUGACUGAGAAAGAGUACCCUUUUGCGUUUAUGUUGGCUUGUGGGGGGUUCUUGCUCACCAUGCUUGCUGAUUGUGUGAUUUCGUAUGUUUUUCAGAAGAACAAAAGUGGUGGGUCUGCUCCCCAUCUUGAGUUGCAAGGGAGUGCUGAGCAGGGAAAGGGUGGUCAAAAUGGCAAUAAGAGCCAUAACCACUUCGCGACCGUGGCUGUUGCAAAUGUUAGCUCACUUGGGGAUAGCAUCUUGUUGAUAGUGGCCUUGUGUUUCCACUCUGUCUUUGAGGGCAUUGCAAUUGGAGUCGCUGACACUAAAGCCGAUGCUUGGAAAGCCUUAUGGACAAUUUCUCUGCACAAGGUAUUUGCAGCCAUUGCCAUGGGCAUUGCUCUCCUUCGAAUGAUGCCUAACCGUCCCCUCUUAUCGUGCGCUGCCUAUGCUUUUGCAUUCGCUAUUUCAAGUCCUAUCGGUGUGGCCAUCGGAAUCCUAAUAGAUGCGACAACCCAAGGAGCUACGGCAGAUUGGAUAUUUGCGAUUUCAAUGGGUGUAGCAUGUGGAGUGUUCAUCUAUGUAGCAGUAAACCAUCUAUUGGCGAAAGGUUAUAAACCCGACAAAGCAGUUUCCAUCGACAAACCCCAUUACAAGUUUUUGGCAGUUUUGUUGGGUGUCGGGGUAAUAGCUGUUGUGAUGAUUUGGGACACUUGAAGCCAUGCCAAAGAUGGUUCCUGCACGAUUUGUUAGUGGAAUACGGCAUUUUGAAGCGUAGAUAGCAGCAAAGCAAGUGUGAUAGAUUAUAGAUGCCUGAUAUUUUUUUUUUUCGGCAUAAUGUUUUGCUAUCAUAAGUUAUUAGUUAAAGUUGUAGGGCUCUUAAAAGAUCUCCAAGAGUGCUUAUUUGUAACAUAGUCAAAUUCUUACACUGUUCACGCAUCUCAUCUUUUCCUUGUAUUACUUGUGAGGGUAAUUCUUUUUUUU